CCGUCGCUCUCCCGUGACCCGCCUUGAUGCGCGCGCAUGCGCGGGCGGCACCGGCCGUGACGCCCGAGCAGCGCGGAAGAAGGCGACGCCCACCGUCGUGGCGGCGCGGAGGAAUGGGACGUGCACUCGCGGGGUUCGCGAGGAGAAGCUGUGGUAGACCACGAGGGUCACAGCACAUGCACGGCGCCUGUUCGAGAGAAUGCCUGAACCAAGGUGUGCCAGUAAGACGGACUGCGAACCCUUGACUGCAGCAAGGAGACAAGGACAUCCACCACCAAUUUUGAACAUCUAUAUCAUUAUUAUCAGAAGUGCCAGGCAGAGGAGUCACAGGUUGCGGUGGGUAAGACAAAGGGCUCAUUCCGCUGGGGGUUGGGCGGGCUGGGGGAUGGCGAUGGAAGGGUUGGCAGCGAAGUCAACCGCCUGCGGCAGGGGGCACGUGUGGCGCCGCCGCUUUCGGCCGCGCCAGCGCUGCGGCGGCCGGCCCCAGAGCUGGGCGCCCCUUGGCGGGGACGAAGCACCGGCGGCGAAAAUCUUCUUGUGAACUCUGCCCUGCGUUAUGGUCUACAAGGUCCGGACAAAGCCGCCGGCGGCGGCGCCGCCGCGGACGCGACGAUCCAUUGGCAGGCAGCAAGUAGCAUGUUGGAUCUGUUGGUGGCUGGCAUGGCAUUGCCGGCUGACUUUUUCUUUUUUAUCUGGUUAGGUGUCUUUCUCUUCAAGCCGUGCUACACUCUGGUACAGUGAAACUAGUACGGGGGCCAUUGACAUUGACACGCGCCACCAUUAUCGCGUCAGGGAAAUGAAAGAGACGCGAUUUUGAUAGAUGCAGACACACCGAUAGCCUGUGGGGCGAUAU